UUUGGAGGAAGAAGAAUUUUUCCUAAUCCAUUCCGGCAAACAUCCGUUGACAUCCACCCUCAACGCGUUCUUCUUCUCCCCUGCCAUAAAUCCCGAAUCCCAUCCCCCCCCAAUUAUACCAAACUACUGUAUUCAGCAGCUUAGCUCGACAUCCAUCAACCAUGGCAUCCACCGCCGCCGACCUCCACAUCUUCUUCCUCCCUUUGCUCGCCCCCGGCCACAUGAUCCCCAUCCUCGACCUCUCCAUUCUCAUCUCUGCACGCGGCGCGCGCUCCACCAUCAUCACCACCCCUUCCAACGCCGACCUAAUUCUUCGCCCUUCUCUCUCCCGCUCCGAUAGCCCCAAUAUCCAUCUCCUAACCAUCCCUUUCGCCUCCGACCAAUCCCCAAACCUCACCGAAAAUCUCACCGGCUUGCGCACCCCAGAAGUCACUCCCCAAUUCUUCGCCUCCUUGUGCCUCCUCGAACCUCACUUUGAAAGCCUCGUAAUCGCCCACCGCCCCGACUGCAUCAUCUCUGACGUCCUGUACCCGUGGUCCGCCGGACUUGCCAAACGCCACGGCAUUCCCCGGAUCGCCUUUCAUGGAACCAGUUACUUCUCCUUCACCCUCAUGGGACUCGUCGGCAGACUUCGCUUGUAUGACUCCGUUUCCUCCCCCGAUGAGCCUUUUGUAGUCCCGGACUUACCUCAUGACAUCAAGUUGACCCGAUCCCAACUAUUCCCCAUGAUCAUAUCUCCGCCGGAGUACAUGGCCGGGAUUUCGGCUUCCCUUCAAGAAACCUAUGGCAUGGUUAUGAACACGUUCUACGAACUGGAGCCCGCCUAUGCCGACUCAUUCAAGUCCGCUGGUUGGAUGCGAGGCUGGAACGUUGGCCCUGUUUUCCUCCGCCAUUGGUCUGUAGAUUCGAUCAGAAACAGGGGCGGCGCCGCAGCGUCCGAUGUCUUCGAUUGGCUGGAUGGAAAGAAAGCAAGAUCUGUGCUUUAUGUCUGUUUUGGAAGCCUGCCACGUUUCACGGCGGCGCAGCUCCCGGCGGCGCAGCUCCGGGAGAUCAGGGAGGGGUUGGAGGCGGCCGGGCGGCCUUUUGUGUGGGUGGUGAGAGGGGGAUUGGAGGAGGAAGGAUACGUUCCCGUCGCCGGAAAUGGAUCGGGUGGGUUUGUGAUAAGAGGAUGGGCACCGCAGCUUGCGAUACUUAAACAUGAGGCGGUGGGAGGAUUUCUGACGCACUGUGGAUGGAAUUCUUGCAUGGAAGGGAUUGCGGCGGGCGUGCCGAUGGUGACAUGGCCAUUAUUUGCGGAUCAGCAGUUCAAUGAGAGGCUUUUGGUGGACGUGUUGGGAGUGGGCGUAGGUGUGGGAUCGGUGGUGAACAGUACGAGGGAGGAGGAGCGGACGGUUGUGGUGGCGGAGAGAGUGGCGGCGGCGGUUGAGGGGGUGAUGGGGGGAGGGGAGGAGGCGGAGGAGAGGAGGAGGAAGGCGAGGGAGAUGAAGGAGGCGGCGGAAAAGGCGGUGAGGGAAGGAGGGGCGUCGGAGGGGGACUUGGGAAGGAUGGUGGAGGAACUGCUUGCUUUGAAGCGGAGCAGGGUGGAGGAAACAGAAAUUAAAUGCGGCGAUUAGGGCUUAGUGCCAGGCUUCGUUUGAUCGUUCAAAAAAAAAAUUUUUUUUUUUUUUGGAUGUCCAGUUCUUCGAAUUCUAAUUGGAGAAGAGAGUUAUGUUUUGAAAAGAUGAAAUUUUUCUUCAAAUAAAUUUUUGCAGCUGUUGGGGUUGACUUAACGAACUGAACUCUUCUAAAUAUAAGCUUAAAUAGAUUCUACCUUGUAUAUCUUGGAAAAAAGAAAAUAAAUGUUUCGUCUAGACAACCAACCGUCGAGCAACAUUCGUCUGGACAACCAACCAUCGAGCAUCAUCUCAUUAUAUC